CCAUAAGUGCGCGCGCAGCCCCACUGCCGGACAUUCGCGGGAAAAUUUCAAAAUAGUUGAAACAAAACAAAAAGGCAAUACGAGACCAAGCCAAGUUUUUAAGCCACAGAGGCAGGGCGGUGGCUUCCUUCUCGCCACAGCCUAAACUGCUGAAGCAGCUUUGGCGAGGACCACCCGGCUCUUUCCCGAUCUGAGAAGAGAUUUGGAAGUCUUGAAAAGUGAGAAGUUUGAGACGCAGUCUUACGGAAAAGGGCCAAAGAAUUUUCCAGCAAAGAUCCAGAGGUUUCCUGGAGCGCAGCCUCACUCCUGAUUGUGUGCAAGUGGCAGGGCAAGAGUCUGAAGAUACACAGUGCUCAGUGCAACUCCUGUGCUGAUUUAAUGUGUGCUCCCCAUUUCCUUCAGUGCUUGGCAGCCUGCUGUGCAAGGACAUCACCUUUCUUUUUGAGAUGGCUCAGGAUUUUGUAGGCCUUGCUUCUGAUUGUCAAUAUUGGCUGCAGAAGCUUUCUGCAUUGGACCAGGCUUCUACUUUGGAAACCCAGAAGGAUACCUGUCUGCACCUGCCUCAGUUCCAGGAAUUCCUGAAACAGAUGUAUGAAGCCUUGAAGGAGAUGGAUUCUAAUACAGUCAUGGAAACAUUCCCGACAAUCGGUCGACUGUUAGCAAAAACCUGUUCAAAUCCUUUUGUAUUAGCAUAUGAUGAAAGCCAAAAGUUUCUGAUAUGGUGCUUAUGUUGCCUGAUAAACAAAGAACCACAGAAUUCUGGAGACUCAAAAUUUAACUCCUGGAUACGGGCCCUGUUGUCUCAUAUACUUUCUGCAUUCAGACUUGAAUAUAAUAUAAAAGAAAUUGGUCUUUUUACUCAAGGUCUUGGGUAUGAGCCUGUAGAUUACUAUCCUGCUUUGCUUAAAAAUAUGGUUUUAUCAUUAGUGUCCAAACUGAGAGAGAGUCAUCUUAAUGGAUUUAACACUCGAAGGCGGAUGGCUCCUGAACAAGUGGCAUCUUUAUCACAAGUUUGUGCCCCCCUUGUUACCCUGCCUGAUUUUGAACCUCUGGUGGAGGCCCUGCUCAUCUACCAUGGACAUGAACCUCAGGAAGUCCUCUGUCCUGCAUUUUUUGAAGCUGUAAAUGAGGCCUUUUUGCUGAAGAAGAUUUCUCUCCCCACCCCAGCUGUCGUCAGCCUCUGGCUUCGGCAUCUUCCCAGCCUGGAGAAAGCCAUGCUGCAUCUUCUUGCAAAGCUGACCUCCAGUGAGAGAACCUGUCUGAGAAGGAUGGAAUGCUUUAUCAAAGACUCGUUGCUGCCUCAGGCAGCCUGCCACCCCGCCAUAUUCAGAGCUGUUGAUGAAAUGUUCAGGUACGCGCUCCUGGAAACUGACGGAGCCCCAGAAGUACUAGCCGCUACACAGAUGUUUACACGCUGCUUUGUAGAAGCUCUGGAAAAAGAAAACAAGCAGCUGAAGUUUGCGCUCAAGACCUACUUUCCUCACCCCUCUCCGGCCCUUGCCCCUGUGCUGCUGCAGCAACCCCGAGACAUCCCACAGGACUGCCGCCUCCAGCUUCUGCAGCAUAUUUCCCAGAUGCUCCGAGAAGCAGUGGAAGACCAGGCUUGUGGGUCCCCCCAAGACCCCUUUGAGAGCUGGUUUUUGUUCAUUCACUUUGGAGGCUGGGCUGAUAUGGCGGCCGAGCAGUUACUGAGGUCAGAAGCGGAAGCCCCUGCAGAAGCGCUGCUGUGGCUCCUGGCCUUCUACUACAGGCCCCUGGACUCCUGUCAGCGGAGAGCGCAGACCAUGGUGGAGGUGGAGGCAGUGCUCAGCCGCCUCCAACUUCUGACACUGUCCAGAAGCGGCCCCCUCUCUGCAGAGAAGCUGCAGGCUGCCGCUGGAGAGGGCAGCAGUGCAGACCCCGUACCGCCCGUGUGCGGACAGCUGAUCAGGCACCUGCUCCUGAACUUCCUGCUCUGGGCUCCUCAAGGCCACACAGUUGCCCAGGAAGCCAUCACCCUGAUGGCCUGCACUGAUGAGAUAACUCACGAGAUCAUUGGCUUUCUUGACCGGACCCUAUACAGAUGGGAUCAUCUUUGCACCGAAGCCCCUCGGCCAGCAAAACUGGCCAGAGAGCUCCUUCAAGAGCUGCAAGCUCGGGUCUAGCAGGGAGCGCAGACCGUGUGGAUGCUUGGGGCACAUGGGAGUGCCAGCCUUGCCAGCUCCACAGACGAUGGAUGUGGCCACUCCUGCCCGUGGCACAGGUUUGUGGACCAAGUCCUUCGAGCCGUGAGAUGAGCUGCACACAUCUCAGGCUUGGGCCGGGUAAAGGGUUGCGAUGAUUGGGUGGUACAGACUUUACAGAAUGAGGAGCCGUGUGCCUUAGCUCAGACUUAAACCCACUCACCAAUAGCCGCUAUGCCUUGGGAAUUCUUUCCCUGCCCAGCCCAGGAUGUCAGUGACUUAAGGAGGAGGACAGAUUCUGUUUCUUUUUGACAUGUAUCAAGCCAGAAUGUAUAACUAUCGCUUGAAAAUGCUGGACCAAGAAAUUGAUCUUGAACCCCUGGUAAUUCUCCAUAAAUUACUUUUUAGGAAUCGA